UAUGAUUGGCUAGGGCUGGGAACACUUUGUGACGUCACAGGAAAGCGCCGAACUAUAGUUAUGUAGGUUUGAUGUGGCUUUAACGGGCUGAUGACAAAGUGGGUUCUUAGUCCGAUUAGACGGCUACCUCUCAGAUGGAUGCCAUCAACAUUCUACACCAAAGAGCCCUAAAUCUUAGGCGGCGGAUGAGAGAAAUUGAAGAUGGUCGCGCUGCACAGGAGCGAUUAAUGAGGUUGCAGAAGGAAGGAGACACACUCAGUUACCAAGGGAACUCAGAAGAAGUGGGUUGCUAUGUUGCAGGCCAUCCUUUAUCAAAGAGAAACUGCUACUUUGAGGUGACCAUCGUGGACACAGGGGUGAGGGGAACCAUUGCUGUGGGCCUGGUGCCUAAAUUCUACAGGCUGGACCACCAGCCUGGCUGGCUGCCAUACUCUGUAGCUUACCACGCUGACAACGGCAAGUUAUAUAAUGGCAACCCUGUGGGGCAGCAGUUUGGACCAAAGUGUGCUCGGGGAGACCGUGUUGGCUGUGGAAUACUUUCAGAAAAUACCGAGGCAGGCUCUACCACAGUUUUUUUCACCAAAAAUGGCCAAGAGGUGGGUUCAGUGGAGGUCCCUGUGCUGGCAGAAGGGCUUUUUCCUGCUGUAGGGAUGCACUCCAUGGGGGAGGAGGUGAAGGUUGACCUGCAUGCAGAGUGGUUCCUGGAGGAGGAUGAUAGCAUGAUGAUGGUUGACAGCCAUGAAGAUGACUGGGGACGGCUUUACGAUGUCACAGUGAGCGGCACGCUCUUGGAGUACAUUGGCAAAGGAAAGAGCAUCAUGGACGUGGGUUUGGCUCAGGCCCGCCAGCCACUGACCACCCGCUGUCACUAUUAUGAAGUGGAGAUCGUUGAUGCUGGCGAGAAGUGCUAUAUUGCGCUUGGUUUGGCAAGAAGGGACUACCCAAGCAACAGACAUCCAGGGUGGAGCCGAGGAUCAGUUGCCUAUCAUGCAGAUGAUGGGAAGAUCUUUCACGGCAGCGGGGUCGGUGACGCUUUUGGUCCUCGCUGCUUCAAAGGCGACAUCAUGGGCUGCGGCAUCAUGUUCCCACGAGACUACAUCCUGGACAGAGAAGGUGACAUCGAUGACCGUGAUCAGCCCCCGGUCCAUCCAGGUCACGCAGGCAUCCAGAACCUUCUGUACCUUACUGAAGAAGAAAAGGGGGAGGAGGAGGAGGAAGAGGUGGAAGACGAGGAAGAUGAAGAUGGGGAAGAGGUAGAGCAGGGUCAGGAAGGAAGGAAGGUCACGGUGUUCUUCACCAGGAAUGGGAAGCUGAUGGGUCGCAGAGAGAUGGUGGUCCCUCCAGGAGGCCUCUACCCCACUGUGGGGAUGCUGAGCAGUGGAGAGAAGGUGAAGGUGGAUCUGCAUCCCCUCAGUGGGUGAGGGUUUGGACCGGUGCUGUGACGCCCCUGCAAACAGCUGGCUGCGCUGUAGAGCCAAUCCACGGUAGCCUAGCAUGCUGCUAACAUUCACCAGAACACACUGGGUUCGGCUGCACACACACACAGACACACAGACACACACACA